AUGGCCGAUAUUUACUCUCAAAGGAGCCAAGCCAUAAUCUUACAUGUACACAAUUCCUUUGUUUUCUCAUUCAAUACUCUGCUUAUCAAUCUUGCAAGGCAACAUUUGCCUGCUCCUUCCCCCCAUUCCAUUCUUGCGUUUAUAGUGUCAGUACUUGUUGCCCUAAUUCAAAUCAAGUUCCCGGGAAUAUCAAUGUUGUCUUCUCCAUUUGAAACCCAUCGUACCACCACCAUGGUUGCCAUUGCAAGCUUACUUGCUUACUGCUCCGCUGUUGCGGCUAGGCUAAGAUUCCCUACUUACUCUCCCACCAACUUUCGUUUGGCCAUCAUAUUUUCUGCUUUACUUUCAGUUGCAUCUCUGCUGUCACUUCUCGUUCCUGACUCCUGGCACCACAUCCCAUACGUGAUCUUCAUCUUCUACUAUUUGAUGGCCGAGGGUUUUGGCUUGCUCCAAAAGCUAUGUCAGCGUCGCAUGACGCGGACACCUACACUGCUACCUAUGACAGCUGCUGAUAUUCAUGGAUUUGCAGUCCGUGAUACAUAUACAUGGAGCUUCAAUUGA